GCAGGCAGCAGUCCUGUCAAAUCACAACAGGGGUAACGCACAGGCGGAGGACGUACAUGAAAAUCCUCCGAGGACUUUUUUUUGACGUCUAAAAGUCACGGUAUUUGCGUUGUAUCGGUGUGGAAAUACUCAAACGUCUGGAUUAUGAAGAGUUGUUACAGUUAGCCGACGUCUUGCGGGCGUUUGAACCAACUAAUGUACAGAAAAAGUACAUUUUCUUCCGCUCAGAGACGUUAACGUCAGACGCAAACCAACCGAGGACUACUAGCUAGCUAACGUUAAGGGGAUUUUACCGUCUCAUAUUUUUUUAUACUUUUUAUUUUGUAUUUUUUUUUCAAGAAGUAGUGGUCCACAGAUUUGGGAGCUGCUAACGUGUACAUAAAUAACCAGGAUAUAACCACUUUUCUUUUCUUUUUUAACCCCAUUUUGUUUGAAUUCACCAUGCUGUCGAACACGACGCUUUACGCUGCGAAGAAACGGAAGAAGCCGGUUCAGAAAAUACCCAAACCCUCACCCCCCGAUGGCGCCAAGUCCAACCCGUCCAAACGCCACCGCGACCGGCUCAACGGCGAGCUGGACAAGCUCACCAGCCUGCUGCCGUUCACCGAGGAGGUCCGGGCUCGGCUGGACAAGCUGUCGGUGCUCCGCCUCAGCGUCGGCUACCUGAAGGUCAAGAGCUUCUUCAACGCCACCAUGAAGAAAGGCCAGAACGGCUCCAGCUGGACCAGCGAGCGGAGCCUAAUGUUCGGGGAAAACGUCCAGACUCCGCACCCCGCAACCUCCGCCUCCUCUUCCUCUUCCUCCCUUGCCCCCUCCGGCGAGGUGACGUCCAUCGACGGAGUCCGAUUCACCGAGGGAGACCUGCUGCUUCAGGCGCUGAACGGCUUUGUGUUGGUGGUGACGGCUGAAGGAUACGUCUUCUACACAUCGCCCACCAUCCAGGACUUCCUCGGCUUCCACCAGUCGGAUGUCGUCCAUCAGAGCGUGUUUGAGUUGAUCCACACAGACGACCGAGCUCUCUUCAGACGGCAGCUCCACUUCUCUCUCAACCCAAACACCGUCCACAAAGAUGGCACCGCAGUGAGUCCCAGUGAGCAGAGCUCGGCGGAGAUCAGCAGCAACGUGAUGACCUACGACCCGCAGGCCAUGCCGCCAGAGAACUCCUCCUUCCUGGAGAGAAACUUCAGCUGCCGCUUCCGCUGCCUGCUCGACAACUCCUCCGGCUUCCUGGCCCUGAACUUCCACGGCUGCCUGAAGUUCGUCCACGGUCAGCACCGCGUGUCCGAGGACGGGACGUUGAUUCCCCCGCAGCUCGCCCUGUUCUCCAUCGCCACGCCAAUGCAGCCGCCAUCCAUCCUGGAGAUCCGCACCAAGACGCUCCUCUUCCAGACCAAACACAAGCUGGACUUCACGCCCUUGGGCAUAGACACCAGAGGGAAGGUGGUUCUGGGUUACAGCGAAGUGGAGCUGUGUAUGAAAGGUUCAGGCUACCACUUCAUCCACGCCGCAGACAUGAUGCACUGCGCCGAAAACCACGUAAGAAUGAUGAAAACCGGAGAUAGCGGCUUCACCGUCUUCCGGCUUCUGAGCAAAUCGAGGAAGUGGGUCUGGGUCCAGGCCAGCGCCAGGUUGGUCUUUAAAGAGGGGAAACCAGACUUUAUCAUGGUCCGGCAGAAAGUUUUGACAAAUGAAGAUGGGGAAGAGCAGCUACGCCUCCGUCGGCUGCAGUUGCCGUUCAACUUUGCCACUGGAGAAGCGUUGCUUUACGACAUGGCUCCCACCGUCGACAUCCCCGACCCCUGCUCCGCCCCCAAGCAGAGGAAGUUAGACAACUGCACCGUCAGCCCCGACUCCAUCCUCGGCUGCAUGCUGAGUCAGGACCAAUCCAUCUACUGUGAGCACAACGACACCCUCAACUCCCUCAACGACGCCGCUUUCAAGGACACCCACGCCACAGUCAGCGUUCAUGGAGAUGUCUGGCAGCUCACGACACCCAAACCUGCCUCGGGAAGCCUGGUGAAGUCCGAGGACACCGUUCAGGACAUGAUGGAGACCCUGCAGCAGAUCCUCUUGGACAACGACCUCUGCGACACCGUGGAUGUGGGGCCUGAAGAGCUCAAGAGCUGGGAGAGCACCCUGUUGAAGAUAAGCAACAACAGCUGCGAGAUGAACGAAGACCUGGACCACAUUCUCAGCAACGACAUCCUGUCGUACGUAGAGGAGCAGCUCCAGAGGGAGGGCGGAUUCAAGCUGCCAGAUCAGCUGGAUGAAAUACCAGCCUGCCUUUCCACAUUGGACCUCCAGAACCAGAUUCCUGACCAGGCUGUGGGGCAGAACUUCGGCUGGCCUCUGGAUCCCCAGAGCCAGCUGAUACCAAAUGGAGGGCAGUUGGUAGCCGGACAACCGACUCCAGUCGUGGGGAUGAUGAAACUGACUCACAUGGAUUUUCCUCAGUUGAGUUCUGGUUUAAACAGUCCAACCCUUCAGCAGAUCGCUUCACAACAAACGCUCCCCACUUCUGUUGGUCUUCAACUGGGAACCACAGGCAACACUGGCGCUCCAGUUACCUUCAACCCCUCGGUGGCGGCUACAACACAGAACCAACUGAGAAAAAGACAGUUAAAUCCCAUGUUCAGCUUCCAGGGAGACCAGUGGAACUCCUCUGUCCCCAACUCAAACCAAGCCGACAGCUUUGUAGCAACCUACGCCCAAAAUAUUUCAAAUGAGCCAGGUUUUGCUGCCGAUCCUUCCUUGUCAAGCUGCCUACAGGGCCACUUUGCACUUCAGACACAAAACAAUGACAACCAGAGACAGUCUUGGCUGCUGGAUCAGCAGCUGAUCUCAAGCGGACACCAACAAAUGGGCGCCUGCCUCAGCCAAACGUCAGGAUUUCAAAGGAAUCCUCUUCCCGGGGUCGCCGUGGCCCAGAACGCCGCCAACAGCAGACCAAUGUUCAGAACGCCAGAGACUUCAAAUGUACCGUUUCCCAUUCAGCAGGCCAUGGAGCCGCUGCCGCCUCUUGCGCCUUCAAGCAGUUGUAUGUUCAGAAAUGCCCCCGCCUCCGUGCCUGUAAACAGAGUGAACCUCAGUCAGACGCCCUCCUGCCAGAGACUGAACCACGCCAGCAACCAGAUUCCUUCCAAGCCCGCCUGCUUCUAUCAGGGUCUCCCCGGAGGUGGAUCCGUGCCGGGGGGGACGGCCGUCCCUGAUCCUGAUGAGGCAGCGCUGUCCUGCCAAAUGACGGCUGGUCUCGACCCGAACGGCCUGCUGUUCAGUGAACAGACGCAGAUCAACAGCUGUCCAGUCGACGGGAACGGCAGUUUCCCCUUCUCCUCGCUCCCCAAUGGAACCGCAUACUACUCAGAGAGCAAAUAGGAACCAGCCGCUGCGGGAUCCCCUACUGGGACUGAAACGACAGUUUAAAGGAAGCAAAAGGACUCCUGUCUCUAAACACAAAAGUGGAUCAGACUGACGAACAGACAUUUUCCCGAGGAAAGGACGAGGAGACUCAACAGGACGCCGCUCUCCUGUUUCUCUUUUUUUCCCUCUUAUUCGGAAACAACGAUGGAAGCUUGAAGUGUAUGGUUCAGGAACGGCCGGUCUGUGAGGAAGAGAAGAAAAGGAAAACGUAUGUUCCCAUAUGAAAUCCCUCUUUGGAGCUGGUUGGAUUGUACCAAAAAAAAAAAAU